GUGCUAAUGGAGCUGGUAAAAGAAUGGUGCAUAAUUGUAAAGUAAAAGUGUUUGGUAAAGAUGCGUUUAAAGAUGCACCAAAAAAUAUUACAUAUCUUGGAACUGAAUGGGCAAAUAAUCCUAUCGUUCGAGGUGAUGUAUUAGUUUCACAUUUAUUAUCUAAUAUGGGUGGAGACAAAUAUCCCGAAAGACGAGAUGAAUUAAUUAAUAUAUUAGAUAUUGAUCCAAAAUGGAGAAUGCAUCAAGUAUCAGAUGGAGAAAGACGUCGAGUACAACUUGUUUUAGGUUUAAUUCAACCUUGGAACCUUUUAUUAAUGGAUGAAGUAACGGUUGAUUUGGAUGUACUUGUACGAAGUGAUUUGUUAAAUUUUUUGAAAAAUGAGACUGAGGCAAGGAAGGCCACCAUUGUUUACGCUACUCAUAUUUUCGAUGGGUUAGGUGAUUGGCCUUCACAUAUCGCUCAUAUAAAGCAAUUGAUAACAUAUCUUCGAAGAAAUAUGGUUUCACCUUUAUUAAAAGUAGUUGAACAAUGGUUAAGAGAGGAUCUUCGGGAAUUACGACUUCAAGCUGAAGAAAGAAAGAAAUUAUCACAAGAUCAGGAUAAAGGCUUAUUAGGUAAUGAAAAACCAAGGACAAAAUGGGAUGACUUAUCCGAAAAUGUUACGGCUUACGGAGAUAAAUAUUAUAAUUAUUGGAAUCAUUAA